CUUUCAUAGAACCCCUAUCUUUACUUAAUGAUUAAGGAGGUCUCCUCAUCAAUGGCGGUUUAGAUCUCCAAUAACUUCCAAGUGACGGGUCCUGUAUUGCCUCCUUAUUUAACAAUUCCAAAAAGUCAACUCAAAAUAAGGUUGUGUAUAGACUCUCCAAAGCCAUCAAGCUUAGUUUUUUCCUCUCAGAUCAGAUUUCUUGUUUUCCGAACACCCAACUCCAGUUUAUUGGUUCUGUCAUAUUUAGCUGAAAACCCAAUACAAUUACUGAGGAAUAAGUGAAUUUAAGCUCUGAUCAUUAAUGACUGUGAUCUGGGUUUAACAUAAUUUCGUGUAAAGUUUGUUUUUUUUUUUUCCAUUUAGUUUUGAGAUUUGGAUCGCGUAAUUAGAAUCUGGGUUUUGUAUACUCGGGUUUUUUCUUCGAAACCAUGAGGGAAAAGCUGGGAUUUUUGGUUUGCGUUUGGUUUAUUGUGUGUGGGUCUUGUUUGGGUAAGUUUGUGGUGGAGAAGAACAGCUUGAGGGUGACUUCACCGGAUUCAUUGAAAGAUGUUUACGAAUGUGCAAUUGGGAAUUUUGGGGUUCCUAAGUAUGGAGGAACCUUAGUUGGUCAGGUGAUUUUCCCAAAAGCAAAUCAGAAGGCAUGUCAGAGCUUCGUUGAUUUCGAUCUCUCUUUCAAAUCCAAGCCUGGUGGCCUCCCAAUCUUCCUUCUUGCCGAUCGAGGAGAUUGUUACUUCACCUUGAAGGCAUGGAAUGCACAGAAUGGUGGAGCAGCAGCUCUGCUAGUUUUGGACGACCGGGUCGAGCCUUUGAUAACCAUGGACACCCCAGAAGAUGAGAAUAAGCAGGCAGAUUAUCUGCAAAAUAUAACCAUCCCCUCUGCACUUAUUACCAAAACUUUGGGGGAUAACAUCAAGAAAGCCUUAUCGAGUGGUGAGAUGGUCAAGAUUAGUCUUGACUGGAGAGAGGCUCUUCCGCAUCCUGAUGAGCGGGUUGAAUAUGAGUUCUGGACGAAUAGCAAUGAUGAGUGUGGUCCUAAAUGUGACAGUCAGAUUGAAUUUGUCAAGAGUUUCAAAGGAGCAGCUCAGAUUCUUGAAAAGAAUGGGUACACUCAGUUUACCCCGCACUACAUAACUUGGUAUUGCCCAGAGGCUUUCCUCUUGAGCAAACAGUGCCAGUCUCAGUGUAUCAACCAUGGAAGAUAUUGUGCUCCUGAUCCUGAGCAGGACUUCACCACAGGGUAUGAUGGGAAAGAUGUUGUAGUUCAGAAUUUGCGUGAAGCUUGCUUUUUUAAGGUGACAAAUGAUACUGGAAAACCAUGGCUUUGGUGGGAUUACGUGACCGAUUUUGAAAUUCGGUGCCCUAUGAAGGAUAAGAAGUACAACGACGAUUGUGCAAAUGAAGUUAUCAAAUCACUUGGGGUUGAUGUCAAUGAGAUUCAAAAAUGCAUAGGAGAUCCUACCGCAGAUGUAGAGAACCCGAUUCUUAAAGCUGAGCAGGAAGCACAGAUUGGCCAAGGCACACGUGGGGAUGUGACUAUAUUGCCAACGCUUGUCAUAAACAACCGACAGUAUAGAGGUAAGCUGGACAAGAGUGCAGUUCUGAAAGCCAUCUGUUCAGGUUUCCUGGAGACCACGGAGCCUGCAAUCUGUUUAAGUGCAGAUAUGGAAACAAAUGAGUGUCUAGAAAAUAAUGGUGGAUGCUGGCAGGAUAAGGCAGCCAACAUCACUGCAUGCCGGGAUACUUUUCGAGGGAGAGUGUGUGAAUGCCCAAUUGUGCAGGGUGUACAGUUUAAUGGCGAUGGUUACACUCAAUGUGAAGCCUCAGGUGCUUUACGUUGUGGGUUGAAUAAUGGAGGAUGUUGGAGGGGCACCCAGGAGGGCAAGACCUAUUCUGCCUGCAUUGAUGACCAAUCAACAGGUUGCAAGUGUCCACUAGGAUUCAAGGGUGAUGGAGUCAACACUUGCGAUGAUAUCAAUGAAUGCGAAGAAAAGUCAGCCUGCCAAUGCCCCCAGUGCAAAUGCAAGAAUACCUGGGGCAGUUAUCGGUGCAACUGCAGUGGCAACUUACUCUACAUGCGCGAACAUGACACAUGCAUAAGUAAAGAUUUUAAAAGCGAGCUUAGCUGGAGGUCCAUUUGGGUUAUUAUUCUCGGUUUAGCUGCUGUUGGGGUUGGUGGAUAUGCAGUUUACAAGUACAGAAUCCGGAGAUACAUGGACUCAGAGAUUCGGGCAAUCAUGGCCCAGUACAUGCCACUGGAUAGUAAUCAAGGGGAGUUUUCAAACCACGUUCCUCAUGGAGGCGUAUGAAGAUGAUCGAUGAAGAGGCGUAUGAAGAUGACUGACGUACUCUACUCACAACGGGAGAUGAAAGUUCCACUGCUACUGGAUGCUGGCGACUUUCUCUUUCAUUUCCUCCAUUGAGAGCUUUUUUCCCCUUUCAAAGAGUCUUAUUUAUGUAUCCAUGAUCGUGCACAUAAACACCGAACAUGGCACCUUUUCCUUGAAACUGGCACAUGAUGAAUUAGCAUAGUUUUUUUUGGUCAUAUGCUUUUUUUUACCUCUCUUUUCUGGUUCUUCUUAUUGUUUUUAGAAGUCCAUGUUGAUGCCCAGAGAACACACAGAACACAUUCCUAGUUCAUACGGAUGGAUCCUAGUUCAUACAGAUCAAAGGAGCCGUGAUGAUUAUUUGAUUGAUCAA